GACGGCUUGGGUGAAUUUGACCCCCCGAGUAAAGAUUUCAUUCGCCCACCCUAAAUUUGAGCUGAGGUUGAUAAAUUGCCUCUUGUUAGCAAUGUCAACUAGAUAAAAAUUGAAAGUGACAAGUUUAUAACAAAAGGAAGUUUUUUUCUAAGCUUAACUGCCACUUUUAUACAACUUUUUCCCUUUGUUAUCUACAAGAAAAGGCAACUCUACUAGCCAAUAAACACGAUAUUUACCAUUUGUUUAUUAAACUUCACAAAUCAUACGGGGAACAAAUCCCUAUUUAAUUGGGCAACACUCGGAAAAAUUUUGCUUAGCCCGUUUUCAGAUGCCUUUGAAAUUAACAACUCUGAGCUAAUCUCCUAUAAAUUAUUGACUAGGAAAGGAUUAAGCGCCAUUUUAGUGUUUUCCAAUUCACCCAAAAUCGAUUUUUAAUCCCUUAUUUUAUUUUGACUUAAAAUUGUCAAAAAGGUGCAUCCUUGUGCUAAAUUUAGCUAUCAGGUUGCAUCAAAUUUCGGAGCCAUUAUUUGUGCUCCCAUUUUCUGGAAAAGAUUCUUAUAUUUUUGUAAUUGAAUCUCUUUGUUCUGAUUGAAAAUGGAACAUUUGCUGUUCUUAGCAUCUGCAGUUGAUACUGAAGAAGACUUUGACCAAAACUUCACCGUGAAUAGUGCAGAAAGCGUGAACAAAUCGCAGGCAGCCUCUGAAAGUGUGAAAAAAGAACCUUUCAGCAGAGGACGAAGUUUGAUCAAAAAUAGCUUCUCCAUUUCGGCCAUCAGCUCCUAUUUUAGAACUUCGUCGAAUAAAAUCAAACAGAGGCUUCCAAAUAGCAUGUCGCUGCAGCCGCAUAGCGCUCAGAUGGCAGAAGCACGGCGGAACAGCUUCAGAACUUGGGGUCGUCAGACAACAGUACCUUGUGUCAUUGGUUCCCGUUAUGUACCCAGACAAGCUUCGUUGCCCCCAGACGAUCAGAAGACUCCCCCAUUGGGUCACGGGGUGCCCCCUCUCCAAAUACCCUCCUCGACCCGAUCUAAACAGAACACAGCCCAGGCAUCAAUUGGCAAAAUCAGACCCGACUUGUACAAAAAUCUCCAGAAGCCUGAACCCGAGAGCACUAAAAACGGAUCUCUGACUUUCGGCUUGCACUUCAUUCCGUCCGAGAACCAACUGCGCGUUCGUAUCAUCAAAGCGGCCGACUUGCCCCCUAAAGACUUGACGGGCACUUCGGAUCCAUAUGUCAAAGUGCAGCUGCUGCCAGAAACCAAAACUAAAUAUCAAACCAAGGUAGUUAAGAAGUGUUUGUUCCCCUCGUUCAACGAGACUUUCGUGUUCGAAGUAUCACAUGAAGAGCUGCCGAACAGAAUGCUGCAGUUGACAGUCUACGACUUCGACAGGUUCACGCGACACGACUUCAUCGGCCGAGCGCUCAUCCCCGACAUCCUGCACGAGCCGGACAUCUACUCUGAGGCCCUGCUCACCAAACACCUCACUAACGUCGAAGGGGCGGACAAAGCAGAGCUGGGCGAUCUAAUGUUGACUCUAGUUUAUCUUCCAUCCGCCAGAAGACUGACAGUUAUAGUCGUGAAAGCAGUCAACCUCAAAAUCAUGGACAUCACUGGCGCCUCGGACCCCUACGUCAAAGUGUCCCUGAUCCAGGGGGGAAAGAGAAUCAGAAAGAGGAAGACGUCUGUCCAUAGGAGGACUGUGAACCCAGUCUUCAAUGAGGCACUCUUCUUCGACAUCGGGGAGGAGCAGUUGGAUGACUCACACUUGCUCGUACAAGUCAUAGACCACGACAGAAUUGGGCGCAACGAGCUAAUCGGGGCCCUGGAAAUAGGAUGUCACGUGACUGGGGGGUCGGGCGGAGUGCACUGGCGAGACUGCAUCGCCCAUGCGCGCAAGCCAGUCACAAUGUGGCAUACUUUGAUUGACGUGCGCACUCUGAAGCGGAACUCAGUCGCUGUCAUUCAGAACAAAAAGAGCAAAUCUCCCACUGAGUCAUCCAAUAAAAAUUGUGACGUCAUCGAAAAUGAAGUGCAGAAAAUGAACUUGACCUCUGUCUACUAAUUCAACGCACAAUUUCACACAUAUGCGAACAAAUAAGCUUGAAAACUAAUAUAAAAUACGCAAUUCGUUUUGGUCAAACAGAACGUGAAUAAUAUCAAAGAAAGUUAGAAAAUUUUUUGUAGA